AGUAAUAAUUUCAACACACCAGACCAUGGUUCCUUGUUUUAUAUUGAAUUUAACAACCAUUUGUUUGUUGCUAUCCGGAUCAUAUGCAGUUAACACAAAUAAAGGAAGGGUCAGUUUAAUGUUUGUGGGAGAUAUUUCCUUCUCUGACCCUGUGAGAUAUUACGUAGAACAUGGUUAUCACUCCUAUAAUGACUCUUUCAACGACGUGGCACCAUAUAUAAGAGAGGCUGACAUCUCGGUUGGUAAUCUGGAGUCUCCUUUUGUUACUCAAGAGAUGCUUGACGACCCCUACAAAAUGGAAAAAUCAGUUUCACUAUAUGCCAGCCCUCAGGCUGCAUCGGCACUGAGUUUUUCUGGAUUUGAUGCCGUAACAGUCGCCAACAAUCAUUUAAACGACUUUGGAUCCAGAGGAGCUAAUUUUACUGUUGAAGUUCUUAAGAGAACAGGGAUAAAACAUUUCGGGAUAAGUUUUGGAAAAUAUGACACUUCUCAGGAACCACUAAUCCUCAAAAAGAAUGGAAUAAAAAUAGGAUUCCUUGGUUAUUGUGAUUCACCAUCGGUACUCAAAAACUGCACCGAAAUGAGAAUGAUGUUCAGCUCGGGUCCAGCCAUAUAUACAGACGAUGUUGCCAUAAAAGACAUCAAAAAGCUAAAGAAGGUGAUGUAUGGACGAUUUGGUAACAAACCAAAUAAAUUUGAAAUUGAGUCUUACGAACAUUUCGUUCUUGGAAAUUGCAACGAUUUAAGGCUAUCACGGAUCCUGAGGAUUACUAUCUCAAGAAAAGGUUUAAUCGCUGCCGACUAUCUGCCGCUGAAAAUCACAUUUGAUCAAAAAACCAAGCGACUGCACCCAGAACCUGUAAAGAACGCGAAGUGGAUCACUGUAUGUGGAGAUGAAGACCCAGUCUGCCAUUGUCAUAAUGACAUUACAGACGACUGGUAAAAUAAGCUUAAAAAUAAGAUUCAUCAAAGGAGAUCUUCGAGUCUCGUAUUUUCAAAUCAGCCAUCGGCCCCACGAUGAGGACCCGGUUUGAGAUUUAUUUCCCGCCUAUCAUUCCAUGAGGUUAAAACAACUCAGCUGUUUUCUUCACAAGGGGAUUGUUGGUAUAAAGACAAAAAUAAGUUCUUUGAUUAUUCUUUGAAAUAAGUUCUUUGAUUAUCACAGAGUUAAGCCUUGAGUUCUUUGAUUCUUUGAUUGGGGGAGGAAGACUAAUUAUUGAAAGGCUUCGUUCGUAUCGGAAAAUUCAUCAAAGGAGAUCUUCGAGUCUCGUAUUUUCAUAUCGGCCCCACGAUGAGGACUCGGUUUGAGAUUUAUUUCCCGCCUAUCAUUCCAUGAGGUUAAAACAACUCAGCUGUUUUCUUCACAAGGGGAUUGUUGGUAUAAAGACAAAAAUAAGUUGUUUGAUUAUUCUUUGAAAUAAGUUCUUUGAUUAUCACAGAGUUAAGCCUUGAGUUCUUUGAUUCUUUGAUUGGGGGAGGAAGACUAAUUAUUGAAAGGCUUCGUUCGUAUCGGAAAAUUCAUCAAAGGAGAUCUUCGAGUCUCGUAUUUUCAUAUCGGCCCCACGAUGAGGACUCGGUUUGAGAUUUAUUUCCCGCCUAUCAUUCCAUGAGGUUAAAACAACUCAGCUGUUUUCUUCACAAGGGGAUUGUUGGUAUAAAGACAAUCUUCUUGCAACUGAGAUAUCUCCUUCUUUUAUCAAGUUUUCAUCCAGUUGUUGGUGAAGAGUAGAAAUGAUUCCUUCCCUCGGUACUUUCUUCCUGAGGUCCUUGUCUCAAAAUCUGGCCAAGACUUCUUUGUAUUAUCUUGUAGUGCUCAUGUAAUAUGCACGAAGAUAAUACUUAAAACCUUCAGCCCAGUGAUCAUGAACGGCAAAAAAUGUUUUUAUGUUGUUACCGUGUGGAGUGGAAGAUGCUAAUAAUCAGUUUACAGCUUCUCUGUAGAUAUGAUCAUAUUUUCAAGCAGAAAGAGAAGAAAGAAAAAAAGUUCACUAGAGUUUAUUACUUAAUUCAAAAAUGGUCCCCUCAGGAGUGCUUACUUAUGCCUCUUGAUUCCCUGGGGAACAAAGGGCAGCACCCUCAGGAGUAGCAGAAGAGAUUUAUAACUAACAGCGAAGAUAAUUUCAAUUUUAUUACUGAAAGGGUUUACACAUAGUAGAAAUAAGACAAGAAGAACAGUUUUGCUCGCAUAUAUCGGAUUUCUGGAUCAAUAUUAGCUGCUAAGCCCAGGACGACGCAAUAUAUAAAAAGCCAUUCAUAAUUACUAUAACCUUAAACAACGCUAUGGAAAACACCACCAGUGAAAAUGAACACCCUUUAUGUAAAUUAAGUCAUAUAAUUGGCUUUAUGUUUUAUUGUAUGGUUAUCAAAGUGUUAAUUAUUAAAAUGCGACUUUAAAGAUUUCAUAAAGUGCAACUUUUAACUGUUCGUAAAAUGCGAUGGAUCUGAUAUCCUAGAUUUAUCUCAACGAAGAUAAGCCCACAUCAAUUAUUCGUAGUUUGCGCUCAAGAAACAAUAUGUGACCAUUUUUUAAUUGUAAUUCUAGUGAAUAGAUUUCGUCCAAUUCAAAAGAUUUCUCCUCUCUUGUAUUGAGGUAUCCCAUUGGAGAGCUCACUUUAGGAAGACCUCGCUCGUAGUUCAUUAUUUUACAUAAAUAUCCAGCCAUCCUGCCUGAUAUGGCCAUAUCACUUUGCAGCUCGAAACGGAAUAUUUGAUCCAGUUCAGACGGCAGCUUCAAAUAAAAUCGACAUGAAAUGAAUCCACGUCGUGCCGCGGUUUAACCUUGAGUACGAGCUACUGAAGAGAGUCUUGGAAUCAUUCAUGUCAACGAUGUUGCAUCGAUUCUCACCCAUCCACUUAUCCACUAAAGUAAAUUUUUGGGUCUUUCCCAUUUUCCUUUUCCCAUCUGGUUUCUGGUUCUGGUGAAUAUUGACACUUUUCUCUCCCGAGUCCUUUCCGAUUUCCCUGCCGGGGUUUCUCAGUUCACUUUGCUUAUCGUGACGAAUGUGAAUGUACUUACAAAUACAUCAAAUGGGACAUAAAUAUUUGACCCAAAUUUUUCACUGGUAGGGGGUACAAAUAAGAUUGUUGUU